UUAAACUGUAGGCGAGUUAUCAACUUCAUAUCAAAUUAAUAAUUCAAGUCUAGAGAAAGCAAGGUUUUGUCGCACAACUUUUGUGUUCCUUGAAACUUGGAGUUAUCUACCAAAAUUCAAUAAAAUCUCAUUUUCAGCAAAACAACAACAUGGAUUCCCACGAUAUUAAACCACCGACUGGUGUCAAGAUUGAGAAAAUUGAGAAUAUGAUUAAUCCGCCCCAACCUGGACUCGCAAUCCCAGCUCUACCUGAUUAUAAAAUUGAUUGGGCUUCUUCAAUUGUCGAAGGACAACGACCGGAUGAGUUCAGUGGGAGCAAUAUUAACCUGAAAAUUCAGGCAAAUGGGGAAAUUGGGAUAGAGGAAACUACACAAAUUGGUGUCAGAUCAGUCACCAUGAUUUUGGAGCCUGGGCACUCCAUAAAAUGGAUUAGCGAUUUAAAGUCUGCUCCCAUACUAGUAAUCAAGUAUGCCUACGUCGGACAUCCAUACAAUUUGUGCCACAUUUGUUUCAAAACCGACGGGGAUCGAGACGACGUAAAACGUCUGUUGAACCGGUUUGUGGGACGGUUAAUAAUUUAAGUCUCUUUAUUUUUAGUGUACAGUGCUACGA